UCAAUUUUUCAGUGGGUGGGACGUUUCUCUGUUACCAUUUGCCAGCUUCUCUCUCUUGUCGUUGUGCAGUGUUUAAAUGUUUAGUUGUCUCCAAUUGGGACGAAAAUAGACGUCGGCUGCGACGAAGACUGUGAUUACGAGGCGGUAGUGAGUGGGAGAUGGAAAGCAGCGGUGAGGCGGCGGAGAGCACGUACACCAUCAGGCCCAAUUUCCAGCACAAGUUCAAGGGUGCUCUGGUGAAAGAGUGCAUUCGCAGUGUCCUGAAGACUGAGCUGGCCAGCAAACAGUACGACCCAGAAGAAGUGGGGACCCUGUCGCGCAGCCUGUCACAAACUAUACUGGAUCAGCUCAAAAAGCUUGGGUUUCACAGAUACAAGCUGGUGGUACAGGUGGUCCUAGGAGAACAAAGAGGAGAAGGUGUCAAGGUUGCUGCAAGGUGUUUGUGGGAUGCUGACACAGACAGCUACAUGCAGGAUGUCUAUAUGAAUGAUAGUCUUUUCUGUGUGGCUGCUGUAUUUGGCUGCUUCUAUUACUGAAGUUCCAGGAAGAGGACGGAGGUGAAAAGCAUCACGACUGGCGAACCACAAGCAAGUGUUUUACAAAUGGAGGCUUUAAGUUCAAACAAGUUAUCAUCGAGGAAGAGGAGAAAGGAGGGGUCAAAUGGGGACACCGAAGAAGGCUCUG